CUCGAUGACAUACCAGACAGCGUCUUCAAGAAGCACUACGAAGACAUGGGGAUGCUUCUAGAUGAGGAAAGUGGAGAAGAAGAUGACUUCUUCAAAUUCAUGGAGACCGAAGAUGAUGAUGAAAAAGAAGUCGAUGAACAAGAAGGUCACGAAGAGAAACCAACAACGAAUGAAGAUGGCGAAGAGGAUGAUGAUUAUGGCGAUGCUAGUUCUGAUGGGGGAGACAGUUAUUUUUCCACAAAGGAAGAGGACUGCCUGGAAGGAUGUGUUGAACUCAGAAGAGAAGACGCAGACGAAGACAGAAGUGAUUAUGAAGUGGAUGAUUAUGCUUACGAAGGACUCGGUGAUGUAGAACUUAGUAAUGAAGAAUCGAGUGAGGAUGAAGUUAUUGGGGGUUGUAGUAAAAAGGGAGAGGAAGAUGGAAAUGUGAAGGAAGAUGAAGACGAUCCGGAUAAGGAUGCAAGCUCAUUGAAGAGAAAUGUCACUUGUUCGUUAGAGAUGCAGUUAGCAAAAGAAAAUAUGUAAUGCUUUUUAAUGUUAUUGGUUCGAUGUCAUGUAGUAAUUUCAUAUUGUUGUACGUUCUUUGUAAUACAAUGUAUCUAUCAUACAAUAGACUCAUGAAUAUUUCAUUUUAAUGGCAUAUUAUAUAAUGAGUGUAGUGCUUACGAAGAGAAUGAAUCCAAAUUACGUGAAUAUUAUAUUGAAGAUGAUAUCGAAUAAUGACGACUCAGAUUACUUCAGAUAUAACGAGAUGAUUGAAAAAGAUAGAAAAGAAUCUGUUAUCAAAAGUUAUUUACUCAAUUCUUCCUUUCAUGGGUACAGAUAUGUUGUUGAGGAUGGUAGACAUUGGACCGAAAGAGUUUUCUGGAUCAUUUGUUGCACUCUGGGCUGGAUAGCUGCCGGCCUGCUGGUCCAUUCGUCCUGGAACGAUUUCCAGAACAACGCCAUCAGCUUCGUAGUGGAGACCAGCUAUCUGGAUUGGGAUAGCAAGUUUCCAGCCGUUGUCGUUUGUGAGACCGACAAUCAAGAAGACAUCGCGAAAGUAACGGAUAAAGUUUAUGGAGAUCCACAUGACUAUAACUUGGACGAAAUGGUCAACGAACUAGUUUAUUACAAAGGAUUGACAUUUUUCACUCUACAAACUUGUGGACCAGAUCUGCCCCACAGAAACCCACAAUGUCUAUUACAAAACUUGAGCUUUUUCUCUGAUAAGGUACGCAGACCUUGCAAUAGUAUUUUCCAGAAAUGUGCAUGGCAGAAUGAAGAGUUCGAUUGUUGCAAAUAUUUUCGACCAAUGAACACCGAGUUAGGAAAAUGUUUUGGUAUCAAUUCCAUGCAAACAAUAGAAAGGUUUCCUCCCAAAUACAAAAUGGUUUCGAAUAAGAAUACUGGACCAGGAUCUCUGUACAUGGAACUGAAAGGUUUCUCAAACGUAUACACUUUUGGCGCAGAAGAGGUACCUUCUUUAACGAGUUUAGCAUCGGACAUUCUUCAAAUUGCCCCACACAUUGGUUAUCAAAGGUUUUUGGCUAUCAAGGAAAUCGAAAACCAACCAGAGGUCAAAUAUGUGAGUGUGGAGCAAAGAAAAUGCCGUUUUCCAGAGGAAUCUGACUUGGACGUAUUUAGAUACUACAGCUACAGCGCUUGUUGUGUUCAAUGUCGCAAAGAAGCCCAAUUCAAAAAAUGCGGCUGCGUUCACCAUCUCCUUCCGAAUACCACAUCUGAAACACAUUGCACUCUGGAUGGCCUACAAUGUCUCACCCUGAAUUUCAAUGAACUAUCUGUUCUGAAAGCUUCUUGGGCGAACAGGACAGGACUCGUAUGCGGUUGUUUGCCCAGUUGUACGGAACUCGAAUUGUCCGUUACCAGAGACCACAAAAACGGGAUAGUGGAAGACUAUGCCAUAGUUAAGUUGUCUUUGGAGAGACUGCCGACUGAGAGAUUCAAGAGAAAUGUAGUUAGGGGCAAGCUUGAUUUAGUAGUGUCUAUGGGUGGAGCUACAUCCCUCUUCCUUGGUGCGAGUCUAUUGAGUUUUGUCGAAAUCUUCUAUUACUUUAUAGUAAGACCACUUACUGACUGCAAAAGACGAAGACGACAAAAAAACAAGGGGAUACAUAAAUGAACAAGUAGGAUCAUGCUAUCGUCAACAAAAAUUGUAUAGAUUCUCAUCAAGCCCACAUUCAGUAUAUUAUUUCCAAUAUGCCCACAUUGAAUGGAUUCUCAUUCAAGCCAACAGUUGUAUAUUCCCACAAUAUAUUUUGCGAAUAACAUUCGUGAUAAAAUUUUGAUAAUUUUCAACUAGAUUAGCACUCUUUUUUGUUGCUAUCGAGAAAAUUAUCAAAAAAUUACCACUACCUCAGUAUAAUUACUGUUGGGAACUUUAACGUUCUUCAGAAUGUUAUUCAUUCAAUACCAAUGACAUAAGGAAUUCCAACUAUUGGGCCAUCUAUGCAGAUAUUCUGUUAAUUCGCUACAGCAAUCUAUUAUGAUAACAUUCAAAUUCAUGUAAUUCAUGUUGUUUUCAUAAACAUUGUUAUGCAUAUUGAAGAAAUAACUGAGGACAGAAAUGACAUAAAAUAUGAUGUUUGUUUAGCUUUCCAGAUAACAAUAUCAACCUCAAACCGAUGUAUUUUUCUCUCUUGAAAAUAUACCAUAUAUUAUGCU